CUUGUUUACUAAUUUAUGCAGACAUGCGCAGAAACGGCUCUGGGUGGAUGCGAAAAUGUCGGCACCACCCACAAUCUCAUACUUACUAAACACUUCAUUUCAUUAUUAUAAAAUAAAAAAUAGUAUUUUCAAUGCAUUUUAACAAUAAAAUAUGAAACAUUUAAAUACUUUUUUACAACAAUGAUACCAUGACAACAUCAACUGUUUAUACUAAACAAGUAUGGCGACCCGCGAAAAUUUAAAGAAGUUAUCCAUCGACAAUCUCCGCAAACUCGCUACAGAUCUUAAUAUAAACACCACCAAAGUAAAAAAAGAUGACUUAGUAGGUAGUUUGCUGGUCCACAAUGUUGCAGAAACAAGUUUAACUCCGGUUCGAGCCGUGUCUGAAGCUACAAACAUAGGUCCAGGGGCUAGCGGGAAAGAGAAUCUACCCCCGUUCCUGUCAGUGCACUAUUCUCCUCUUCCACCUAGCUUUUUCGACAGCACUCCAAAGCCAUCCUUUGCAACCAUCUACAAUUUCCUCAUUCUGAGAUCAAGAGAUGAUGGUGGUAAUGUCAAAAACUUCAAAGGACUGGACAGAUCUGUGAAGCAUUUUGAUGCUGGGGAUAUCCAUGAAAUAUGUUUUUCAAGGAUUGAUGAAGUAACAUUUUACCUAAAAUGUUUCUGUCUGGCGUCUAUGAAGAAGCAGCGCUAUCAAGUUUAUGUGUGUGUGACUGUUUCACCUGACCAGAAAACCAUGACAAUUGAUUUUGCCUAUUGUCAGUGUCCUAUUGGGUUAGCCCAGUCAUGUAGCCAUAUUGGUGGAUUGCUGUUCGCAUUGUCUAACAGCCCCUCCAGUAAGCAGCAACAGCAGGAUAAGAGCUGCACAUCAUUGCCGUGCCAGUGGAAGGUCCCUAGAUCAGUCAACCAGAAGGCUCAACCACUGAAAUGUCUUGAUUUAUCAAGACCCAAGCUAAACAAGGAUAAACAGGAAAAGACCACCAGCAUAGCCACUUUUGAUCCAAGACACUCAACUGACAGAGCUCCUGAUAUAAACAGAGCCCUAGAUCAUCUAUCAGAGCUAAAAUCAGUAUUUCCCAACAGUGGUAUGUGUAGCCUUUGGAACAUCCCUGAUAAGGCCCCAGAAGCAAUGGUUGUUGAGGAGGUCACUACAACAGAGUCUCCACUUCUGCUCGCUAUGAGAAAAAUGGUGUUUACUUCAGACAAUAUUCCACCAGUUGAGAUAAGCCUGGAAUUAGUGACAUUUAUUGAAAAGGAGACUUGUGACCAAAGAAAAAACCAAAUGUGGAAAGACCUUCACAUAGGACGUAUCACAAGCAGUAUGUUUGGGGAUAUUCUCAGAUGUCAUUCCUCACAAGAGCAUCUGGUGAAACAGAUUUUAGAAGGAUCUAGCUUGGAUAGGUAUCCUCAAUUACCAAAGGCCAUGCAGUGGGGUGUUGACAUGGAGGACAGGGCAAGGCAGGAAAAUGUAACUUUCCAGAAAGCCUUAAAGGGGGAUAUAACAGUGUUACCCACAGGGCUCACGCUUUACCCACAUAUGUCUUUUAUUGGUGCAUCUGGUGAUGGAAAGGUUUUAGACGGUACAGAAACUGGGGUACUAGAAAUAAAGUGUCCUUUUUCAUGUGGUGGUGUUCCAGUCAAUACUAUGGAGAUAGAGGACAUUUUAAACCUAAAUUCGGCUAAUUUCUGUUUAGAAUGGGGACCAACGGGACCACAAUUGAAGAGAAAUCAGAAGUACUAUGCUCAAGUGCAAGGAGAGAUGGCAAUUAUGGGUCUACCAUGGUGCGAUUUUGUUGUAUGGACAAAUGCUAGCAAAAAUAACAUUUUUAUCGAGAGAAUUUGUUUUGAUGAAGUUUUUUGUAAUGAUUUUGCAGUAUAA